AUGCACAGACAGCGUGUUGUGACGUCAUGGAGCAAAGAAAAUACAAUUCAUAAAGUCGCAGAAGUUAUUGUCGCUGGCUUGUCUAUGCUAUGUAUGUCUAUGCAGCUAUGCAAUAAAUUCUCGUUCAUGGCGUCGGAUGCUGUUGAUGUUGUUGUGGCUGGUGCGGCUGCUGUCGUUGUGGCAGGUGUGGCUUAUGUGCUACUGAAAUCUCGCGAGAUUAAUGCAGAGGAUUAUGAGUCGAGUAUAUUUUGCGCCUUUGACGACCGGUUGGUCGCCAUAGUGCGAAAUUGCCACAGAAAAAAUGGUGACGAUCAUGACGACCACGAUGCAACAGCACAAUCACAUCAACAAAAACAGUUGCAACAACAACAGCAACAACACAAUCUCAUCAACAACAACAGUUGCAACAACAAUAACAACAACAACUGCGAGAACAUUAACAGGAACAUCAACCAGAAAAUUUUCUUUAUAAAAUGCAUUUAA